UUGGGGGUCCUGUUUGGAUGAGAAAAAUUGAUUUUGUAUAGCUUGAGUUAGAAAGAGAAAUUUGUGUGUGGGUGUACAUGUAGCAGGCAAUGAAAAUGAAGUGAAAGUGCCAAGAUGUCGAUAUCCAAAUUAUUUGUAAAAGUAUUCAACGAGGACAUAUUUGAGCAGUUAGACCAAGAUAAUUCUGAUUUGGAGGAUGAUUUGGAAGGGGCCAAUUGUUCCACAACGCCGGAAAAGCCGGCUAAAGUGGAAGAUCUUUCGGUGACAAAACAAAUGGUCAUUGUAAGAAGCUGGCUGGAUGAUAAGUUUCAACAGAUUCAAACAGACAGCAAUGAGGAAAUUCGUCGACUCUAUACGGAGACGGAAGCACGCAUUGGGCCAGAUUUGACCAUCUUCGAUGUGGACUAUACGACAACUGUGCGCGUGUCCUCGGAUAGGUUGGCCUUGCGUUCUCAAGGUAGUUUCAAUACAGUUAGAGCAAAUUGUUGCGUUUAUGGAGGUCGUUGGAUGUAUGAGAUUCAACUUCAUACGAAGGGUGUCAUGCAAAUUGGAUGGGCAAGUUCCCAGUGUCAAUUCAAUGAGAACAGUGGAGUGGGUGAUACCAUCCAUAGCUAUGGCUAUGACGGUAGCAAACAACAGAUAUGGCAUAUAUCAACCAAGAAAUACGGCGACAAAUGGCAAAUUGGGGACAUUAUUGGCGUUACCAUCGAUGUGGAUCGUGAGGUCAUUGAGUAUUUUCGAAAUGGUCGCUCAAUGGGCGUGGCUUUUAAUAAAUUGGAAAAGGGUCCAGGACUUACCUUCUAUGCGGCAAUCUCUUUGGGUUACACUCAGGGUGUUCAGGCAAAUUUUGGCAAUCGUCCAUUUGUCUAUCCCGUAAAUGGAUUUCAACCACUUAUGGCUCGUCCCAUAUUGAAACUGCGUCGUGCCAAUCUACUGAUGAACUACCUCAUUAAUUUGGCGAAUAUUUUUGCCAAGAGCAAUGCCCAAACAAAUGAUCAACGUACACAGGAGCGUCCAACUGUGCUCAGUGUUUCGACCAAUGAGGCUCGAGUAUCGACCAAGAAGACAGUUUAUUGCAUUUUCGCCACAAUGCUUAUUGAGCGUUUUACCAAUGAGAUUUUCGAUCCGUAUAUAAUUGAAGAUGUUCUGCUUACCCGAAUGACAUAUAUGACAUCACUGCCCACCGAGAAGGCGACACCGAAUAGUGUCUUUCAAAGUCUUUUGUCAUUAUUCUGGAAUUUCAUGGAGGGAGAUGAGAUAAAGUUUGUGCUGCGGAAAUUGGUAAAUGCCUUAUUGGCCACUUUUACCCAUACCAUUCAGGGAUUGGACUACGAGAAGCAUCGUCAGGCAUUGGGAAUGAUGCAUUGCUUGUGUCUACAUCAGCAGACAAGAAAAUAUUUACUGGAAGGAAAGCUUUUUAAGAAGCAUUGUCUGGCAUUCUUCCUGUAUAUUAAUCCUUUGGAGUUUUACAUAAUGGAAGAGUUGCUGCCCGAUUAUAUGGCCUGGACCGAGGGCAUCGAUGGACCCAAAGAUAAAUACCUAAGCAUUGUGGAAAAAGUUCGUAAAGUCACAGAUGCCCUAUACGUUUCACAAAAAGAUUUUCUCAAUACACUCAUGAUCAAUACGGAUGGCAGUGACAAUAGUCCUUCGAGUCGUAUGAUAUUUCUUAAUAAAAUGCGACGAUACGUAGUUGAUCUCAGCAUGGAGCAGAGACCCUUUCAUGCCUUCUUCUUCAUGCAGUCGAGCAUACAGCAUCCUUUGAAUCCACCAGUGGCUUUGGCAUUUGUUUGCAUAUUGAUUGAUCAGUGUAGAACAUUGUUCAAGGAGGAGUUACCCAGCAAUACGGUUGAGGUCAAUGUAGAUUACUUUAUUGAUGGCUCCUUUGAUUAUAUGCACUUUGAUCGUGUGGCCGGGGUAUUAUCGCAUUUGCGCAAAGUCCAUAGAGCCGACAUAGAUGAACGUCUUGGUCCGGCACGCACUCAGCAAAUCUACGACGAUGAAAGAAAUACGAUGAGGGUCAAUGAAGUCGAUACAACUUUGUACCUACUUGGAGAGAAUAUUAAUAAUGUGCCAGUUAUUGGUCAUACACAGGGUGGCAAUAGUGGAGGCACCUUUACUCAUUUUCUUAAUCCGCGUGCCAGUCAGAAUACAGAGACCUCAUUUGGCAAUGUCGAUUCGGCAAAAGGAGUUUGUGAACUCUUGGAUAUUUGUGUGAUCUUUUAUUAUUCGGCUGGCCAUAAAUAUAUUGUGAAGAUUGCUUCAGUAAGAGAUGAGAUAGCUGCUCUAAAUGAUGUACUCAAAGAGACUAAAUAUUAUCGAGAGGAUAUUGAACGAAAAUUGGUUGCAUUGGAGCAGCAUGCCAAUGUCUGUAUGAAUGAAAGUCAUCAGCAUGUGAUGGCCGAGCUGCGUUCCAAAUUCAGUCAGCGACAGAAUGUCUUUGCAAGCCGUUCAAUCUCGUUAGCAAGAAAGCAAAUUUGGCUACGUGGUGUGGCCUUAAACGGUCAAAAGCAGUCCCUAAUUGUUUGGCUUUUAGAGCGUAUGCUUUGCACACUGACGAGUGCCUCAUCGACGGGUCCGCUAUUCUCGUUUGUACCGGAGAUUUAUGUGAAUACCUUGCCCAUCCUGCUAGAUGCUGUAAUGGAUUUCAGUCAUCACGACAUGAAUGCCCAGUUUGAUCAGACGCUGGCCGAGUGUAGCAUAAACGCUGCAGCAGAAUUCCUUGGACUGCAUUCGGCAGAUGCGCGUAUCGUACUUGCCUCUUGCAAAGACUCCAUGUUACAGGCAUUGGGUACACUUACAUGCCAUAAAGUGGGUGUACGAGCUCUGGAACGAUGCUCGAGACGUUCUCAAGUUGCCCUAGUGCGUGCUCUGCUACGGCCGUAUGAGAACAGAGCCUGGGGUCAAAGCAAUUGGUUGCUGUUACGCUUCUGGAUGGGUGAGGGUUAUGCCUAUAAGGAUGCUCGAGCUCCAAGUGUCUGGCAGGGUGGAUCAUUGCCCUUGCAUCAGGGCUUGUGUCGAAGUCGUUCGAAAAAUGAGACACACACUGGAUUACUGCAUAAUGUCGCCCCCGCUAAUCCAUCGAAGCAUUUUCAACGCUUAAUUGGUACAAAACUAUUAGAAGAUGAGCCAUUUGCCACGACUUUUCUGAACUCUGUGCUCAGCCAAUUGAAUUGGGCAUUUUCCGAAUUCAUAUUGCUAUUGCAAGAGAUUCAAAAUACUGCCCAGCGUCAUGAGAACACAUUGUUUGAACCCAAGCAACUUAAAAUCUGCUCCAUGUGCUUUGAGUUGACAGUUUCGUUGAUGCGUUGCCUGGAAAUGAUUAUAACAAUUAGCCCAGAAAUUGUCACAGAUGCAUCGCGACCGAAUAGUGAUUUGCUAUUAAAUCGCAUUUGUCAACUGAUUAGUCAGGUUUUAUCCAGGGUCACAGUGCCGCCGGGUUGUUUCCAAUUUGUGGUAGACAUGUGUUCGGCCGAUUUGAAUGCAGUUACCCAUUUUCCUAUUAUCACUGCUGCUGUAGGCAUUUUGUUGGCUCUUAUGCGUAAUGAGAUAACCAGCGAUAUCACGCCACAGAAAGUAACACGCAUAUCGCGAGCGUUUCUCACCGAUCCCAGUUUUCAGUUUGCCACUUUGGAGUUUGCUUUAGGUGAAAUUCGGACACCAUUGCUUGAGCAGAAGAAUAUACCUCGCGGCAAUUUUGAUCCAUCUACAAGGGCACAUAUUGAUCCGCUGACUAAUAACGUGAGAGUACCAUUUCCCAACAAUUCCAAACACAUAAGAGCUGAUCCUCCCAUUAUUAAGUUUGCCCUUAAUGAUUUUCCAUCUCAUGUGGCCAUAGAGGAAAUUGAAGAUGUGCGUCGUCUGAUUGAGAAUUUAAGGAUUAAACAGACUCUGCUCUCAGAUAUAACACUGCCAUCGGAGGACUCAUUGUGUCCGAUUUGCUGCGCCAAGCCAAUUACUGCCGUCUUUACUCCUUGCAAGCAUCAGUCCUGCAGCGAUUGUAUCAUGCAGCACAUGAUGAACUCGAAAGUUUGCUUUUAUUGCAAGACAACCAUACAAACCAUUGAAACCCUAGAUGGCACUCUUAUCUAUUCCAAUGAAGACGGAGUCCAGACGCCAAUUAGCGAGCGUGUUGAAACCUAGAUAUUGGAAACUCCCAAAACCCACCGAACAGAAUUCUUGAAAAAUCUAACCAGGUCAAACUAGUCAAACUGUGUUUAAUUGCUACACUUGAAUUGUAUAUAAGCCGAUAUACAUAUACACUCAUAUACAUAUAUACGAUA